AGGCGGUUUACCGCCCAGAUUCCGUCGGAGAAACAUAAAUUGGCCGACAAACUGAUUGGUUGGGUUUCGCACCUGUUCGCCCGGCUGCAGACGAAGCGUCGUGGAUUUCAGAUAAAUGGUUCAGCUCGUGUUCCGGCAUCGAGGGUUCAGUUGUUGUGUCAUUUUUUCUUCUUUUGGCAGGUACGUUCAAUGUGUCAUCUGCUGCCAGUCUGUGUAACCUGAGAACAACAACACCACCACCACCUCGAGCCAAUGAAGCGUAGUCGAACCUUCAGCGCGUUGGUUGCCUUUGUCUCCUUAUUUCUGAUCUUCUUCUACUCGACCCUACACCCAGAGACAACCUACAGUCUCAGGGCUGGACCUGCGAACCUCCUGAAGCAUUCUACCCUCCAGGUCCAUAUCAGAGAUGGGAAGUCACAAGCAUCCAAACAGGAGAGCGUCAUUAUUCUUCCACCGGCUGUACACAAUGUGUCUGUUUCUGACGGCCUCAGACACACCAUCCCUCAAAAUGGAGCCUACUGGAACCGCCUGCUGUACUUGGCCUUCAAGAAUCUGGACAGGGAGGAAAAUCCAUUUGGACACAACUCAGAUUGGUCUCUCUGCAGGCAGACAAAACAAGAGCAUCUGCAAACCAAUAUGCACGACUUUACCUCCUACCCUUUCUUAUUUCAGGACUUUUUGCAGGGGAUGAACUGCAGUUCGCCGCCAGUCCUGCUCAAUCAACCCAACAAGUGCCCCUUUGGCGACGGGAAGAACAACAACAACAACCAGACCUUUCUGCUUUUUACCAUCAAGUCUACUCCUAGAAACUUUGAGCAGAGACAGGCGGUGCGGGAGACCUGGGGUCGAGAAGGCAUGUAUAAAAGUGGACUGCGGGUGCGCACUGUGUUUCUGCUGGGUAGCUCCCCACUGGAGGACCCUGACCUCAGCGCUCUGUUGGCAUUUGAAGCAAGACAAUUUGGGGACCUCCUGCAGUGGGACUUCCACGAAUCCCUCUUGAACUUGACACUUAAAAUGUACAUGUUCAUCCAGUGGACGGUGAAAUACUGUCCUGAAGCCUCCUUUGUGUUCAGUGGUGAUGAUGAUGUAUUCGUCAACACACCGAAACUACUCAGCUACCUGCAGUCUCUGGAGCCUUCGAAGGCCUCUCGGUUGUAUGCUGGACAAGUGAUAAGUGAAGCAACUCCCCUCAGGGACCCUAAAAACAAAUACUACAUUCCUCUGAGCUUCUAUGACGGCCCGUACCCUCCUUAUGCCGGUGGAGGAGGCUUUAUUAUCUCUGGAGCGUUGAUGCAAGGCCUAUAUUCAGCUUCAAGUGUCAUUCCUUUCUUUCCCAUGGACGACGUUUACGCUGGGAUGUGCUUUAAGGCUUUAGGGGUUUCUCCUGAAACCCACCAAGACUUUAAGACUUUUGAUAUCAAGGAUCAGGACCGUGAAAACCUUUGUGUGAUUAAGAACCUCAUUCUGAUUCACCGGCGCUCCCCACAUCAAAUCAAGAAGUUAUGGAAGGGCAUUCACAACCCAUUGUUGACUUGUUGAACACGACUGAAAAGGCGUCAUUAGAAAAAAGAAGAAACAUUGGCUGCAGCAACAUGACGUAAAUCUUGAAUGGUCUACAUAGGGAGCAGAAGUGUUCCUGCACUGGUAUGAGUCAGACCAGGACUGUUAUUCGUGAUGGGGUACAACCUUGAGAAGUGUAGAAAGUGUUCAGCAUUUUAAGUGGAAAUAUCUCCUGGUGAUUUUGUCAAGAGACAAUAGGCCUUAAAUCAUUUGUAUGUCUUUCAUGUUUGCUGUCAUGCGUUUGAAUAAAUCUGUCUCCGAUGUAACCCAUUCUGAGUGCGCCCUCCAACUGUCUGUUCCUCUGUAUUCAUACAGAUCCAAUGUUCAGACCUGCAAUCCAUGUACUUUUGCGCCUGUCAGAAGGCUCCUGCUUGUAAUAUCUAUUAUUACUGUUCCUUUAAACAUGCUAUGCUUCUGGGAUCAGUGGGCAUUUGCAUAUGAACUUUAAACUUGUAAUAUUUUUAUCUUGAACUCCAGUUUAACAACCAGUCUGUUCUCAGGAAGUAAGUAGCUAGAUUCUAGGAAAGAAAACACUAUCCUUUUGUCGAGGAAUGUUUUUGUAUGCACCAACAGAUUUACCGCAUGUUCACAACUGGCUGGAUCACUGCCCAAAAAUUGUGAGGG